AUGUCCAAUAGGAGCGGUGCGAAUGACGUGGAAGAGGAGGAGGCUUCAUCGUCUCAGGACCUCGUGAGGUCCAGAGACGUCGACGUCCCACAAGGGCAGUUAGAGCAGGAGCGGGAGGAGGCCCUGGAGAACUGGGUGGCCUCGGAGGUUUCUCCCCUGCCUCGCCCCCGCUGGCAGGUCGUAUCUGCCCUGCGCGACCGGCAGCUGGGCUCCAGGGCCAACUUCGUCUCCGAGGCCUGUGGGUCCAGAGCGCUGGUGCAGCGCUUCCAGCUGCAGAGGGAGCUGAAAGGCCACGUGGGCAGCGUCAGCACCCUGCAGUUUAACCAGAGUGGGGCCUGGCUGACCAGCAGUGGCUAUGACUUGAGAGUCAUCAUCUGGGAUUGGGUGCAGCAGCGCGCCCUGCUGGACUUUGACAGUGGCUUAACCGGUGAUGUCUACCAGGCCAAGUUCCUCCCAAAUAGUGGGGAUACCACCAUGGCCAUGUGCGGCCGAGAUGGCCAGGUUCGGGUGGCACAGCUCUGCUCCUCCCCAGCCAGCCAGACCAUCAGACGUGUGGCUCAGCACCGAGCAGCUGCCCACAGUCUGGCAUUAAUGCCACACUGCCCACACAGAUUCCUCACAUCAGGCGAAGAUGCUGCUGUCUAUCAUAUCGACCUCCGACUGGAUCAGCCAGCUUCAAAAAUGCUCGUGUUAAAAGACAAUUGGAAGAGAGUGGGGCUCUAUACGAUCUUUGUGAAUCCUAACAACAUUCACGAGUUUGCAGUGGGUGGACAAGAUCCGGUUGUUAGGAUAUAUGACCAAAGAAAAAUGGACCAGAGUGUCAAUAAUGGAGCACUUAAGAAAUUCUGUCCUCCGCACUUGUGCACCAAUAAAAUUAAGCCAAGCAUCACAAGCCUGGUGUAUAGCUAUGAUGGCACUGAGCUCUUGGCCAGUUAUAAUGAUGAAGAUAUUUAUCUCUUUAAUACUAAUGGCUGUGAUGAAGCCCAGUAUGUGAGAAGAUACAAGGGGCAUCGAAAUACUUUGCCAUUUAAAGGUGUCAAUUUCUAUGGGCCCAGAAGUCAGUUUGUUGUGAGUGGCAGUGACUGUGGACAUUUAUUUUUAUGGGAGAAGUCAUCUAGCCAGAUUGUUCAGUGCUUUCACGGGGAUCAGAGAUUUACCAUCAAUUGCGUUGAACCCCACCCUCACCUACCUGUUAUAGCGAGCUGUGGCCUAGAUGUGACACCCAAGAUCUGGGGACCCUCAAGCAUCGUUACUACUGACCCUGAAGGAACGAAGCUCCUGAUGAAAAAGAAUAAGCAAGAACGUGAUGAAUUUUCCUUGAUCUACAGGGAUCUUUUUGAAAACAACGAGAUUUGGUGUGUUAUGCGUAACUUAAGAUCCUAAGAUCAUCUGCGUCAUUGUGGAGCAAUUGAUGGACCUGGAAUCGCUGGUUCUACAGAUUCUGACGAGUCCUCCAUUACCACAGAUAUAUCUGAAGAAGGUGAAGAUCUCACACUAUGCCUGCCAUCUUAA